AAAAGAGAGAAAAAGGGGGCCUCGUAGCAAAGAGGACAGCUGAGUGAAGCCAAGCCAUGUCGACUGCCAAUGCCACAAACCCCAACCCAUCCAUCUUGAUUGUGGGUGGUGGCCCUGCCGGUCUUGCUCUGGCGGCUCAUCUACUGACCAAAGGAUGGUCCAGCGUUAAAGUGCUAGAACGUCGAGAUCGAGCAUCGCUUCUGGCCGAUACCAAUUCCUUCUAUGACAUGGCGUCCAGUGGGAUUCAGGCGUUGUUGCGAGUUGCCGACGGCGCCGCUGCUCCUGGAAUCUUUGACCAAGCAGUGGCUUUUCGGAAAACAGCUUUCUACACUAAAGGGGGAUCCGGACAACCAGAAUUCACCACCGAAUGGAAAGAUCGCAGCCUGGGCAUGCCAAUGUUUAAUGUGAGUCGAGCUGUCAUGCUAAAGGCUCUCUGCGAAGCCGUCGAGGCACUGGAUGUCAACUGUAUCCAAUACAAUACCAACGUCAUCUCGGUGGAUCACACGACGGGAGAAGUCCAGGUCGAAGGAUCUGACCAACCUCUCAAGGCAAAUCUCAUUGUGGCAGCGGAUGGAAUCCAUUCAAAAAUCCGCAAACAGAUCUUUGGCGAUUCUGGACUCCGCAGUGAUGGGAUUAUAGCCUGUUAUGCGACACUCCCUCCUUUGACGGAAGAAGAGCAAAAGACAUUCCCAAAUCCGUCAGGUGUUGGAAGUGCCUAUUGUACCAUGGGACUCCGAGCAGAUUUGAUUGAAUCUACUGCGGUCAACAAGGAGGCCACUAUCUGGUAUGCCAAUUUCCUGGUAGACGGUAAACCCCACACAGUGGUACCCCCCAAACCGGAUCGAAAAGAUGGUUGGUUGGGAGAAGUCCGGCACCGCUGCGAGGAUGGAAUUCCCGUCCUCAAGGCGCUCUUGGAUCGAACCAAUGAAGAUCAGAUCCAGGUUGUCAUGUGCAAUGACCGACCGCCCCUGAGUACCUAUCAUCUUGGAAAAGUGGUUCUAGUUGGUGAUUCCGCACACCCCUUUACUCCGUUUGCGGGGCUUGGGUCCAGUCAGGCGAUUGUCGAUGCCUUUGUGCUGGGAGAGGCACUGUUGGGGUGCGCCACUACCGAGCAGGCCGUUGACAAAUUUGAGAAGCAACGACUAAUGGCGGCCAAUGCUCUCAUGGAGGAGAGUCGAGCAAUCUGCAGUACUGACUUGUCGUCUCGUGUCUUCUUUUGGGUACUGGAGCGUAUGGUGUUUCCAGUCGCCAAACGGCUUGGGAAGAUCGAUGAGCUUCUGAACUAUGUCAUCAAUGAUAGCGCCACAUUGGUCAACAACUUGGUGCCGUUCAAGAUCAAGGAGGAAGAAGCGGCAUACCAAUCACGCUAUGACAAAGCCAAGUCAUCCUUGGAGGCUCAACUGGGUAUGUGAUGGAUGCUAGCAAUUAGAUAUAACGAGGAAAGUUAACUUGCAACUAAAUACUGAUAGCACUUGGAAUCGAAGGACGAUGAACCUACCGCAUCAGGGAAGUCUCGGACCGAAAGUAGACAAUGCAUCAGAGAUGGCAAUGACGCCCAAAUUGGAGCUUUCCUGCUUCCGUGGUGGUCAGAGCUUGCAACAAGCUUUAGCCCUAAUUUCAAAACAAAACCUUUGUUGCGCUAGCUAGACAAGGUCACGUUCAGGGGAAACGUAGUGAAUGCGAGAAUCGCGCGGAAGACGGCUGCUGGUUGUGAGAUGAAAGGGUUUCUUGGCGUGGCAACCACUUUCACCCAACAUUCCCAGAAGACUUUAGACUAGUUUGGUUGUAUUCACAUCUAGUAAAAAUGGACCAGGCAUUGAAUCAGCAUUGGAAGAGACCGCUCUGUGCGUUUUCCUACAGCUGGCACCACUAGAUGUGAAUGCGGAAGCAGAACCGCAUUGAUGAGCUCGCGUUUCUCGCUCUGGCAGGCCUUUGAGCAAUUCUUUGGGGGACCUCGCUUCUAUCCUGGAUGUUCGUGUGGAUGCUACCCAGUCGAGAUGACUGUUCGUACGGUAAGUUCCCAGCCAAAAAGUGAAAAAACUUGAUUGCUCUGAACUGGGCCCGUCUGCUCGACCCCAGAGCAGGAGUUUUCAGCGCAAUGACCCGUGGCCGCAAAGUCACUUCUACAUUGUAGCUUUCGCCGCUGAUCAAAGCGAACGACAAACUCCAGCAGAAGUGGGCGGAAAGAGAUGAGAAAAACGAUAGAUGCAGGGUGCAUGUAGUAAGGGAAGCUACGAGACAGGUGGAGCUCGAGCUAUUGGCAAGGUUGCUCGAGGUCAGUUUUCCCGCCUCACCUCAAAAUCAGGUUUGAUGAUUAAUUAGAAGGGUCACUUCUCUUGAAGAUGAUGAGUUAAGGGUCCUUUUUCUAGUAACCCAGUUUCGUGUAAUAUCUUGGUUGCAGGUUCAUUGUGACUGUCACUGGUCACCUGUCAACAAAGCGAAGCCUCCGUAUCAU